UUGAUAAUACGGAUAGGUAGGAAAGAUGUUGGGUUAAAACUUAAAAUGUAUUCUUGUUUGCGAACAUUAAAUGAAAUGAUAACCAUGGAACAAAAAUACUUAUGUAGAGCCAAAAUCUAAGAUAACUAUAGUAAACAACGCAGAUUAGAGUAUAAUAUACCGAACUCUUAAGAUUUGAGCUGGUCAAUGUACUGAAUUACAUCAUUCAUUAGGAAGAGUGAAGUUGAGAAUUCAGGAAAUGUCUCAGCUAAAGAGACUUGUUGUAUCCAUUCUUCAGUUCUUACAAGACCAGCUACAAAGUAGUCUUUUUGCUGCUGAUGCCAAAGAAUGUCUUGAAGUAGCCAUACACUGUUUGGAAACAGUUUUUGGAGUAAAGUUCAAUGAUCCUUCAGUAGCUGGUCUUCUUGUAUCUCGACCACUUUUAGAUAUUUUUACAGAAGUUGUCAGAACUGAACAGCCUCUUUCUUUACCAAAGACAAAGUCAUCCGUGAACCUAGAAGUAUACUGCCAGGAUUCUCUCAUGCCAAAGCAAAUAAAAAAAGUCACACACAAAAGUUUCACUCCUACUGUCAUAGAGAAUGGAAGUUGGCACAUGGAAGAAGCCAGUUCCAGUGAUGUUGAUAAUAAUCACUCCAUGAUGCAACCCUUGGCUCUGACUAAUAAGGAAAAAGACAGGCUUAGUGAUCCACCAUCUCCAGCAGAAUCUCCACCCUUUCUGGAGAAUGAUUACAGAACCCUAGAUGAAUUGAACUUCAGUGAACCUACAAGACCCCUGGAUCUGUCUCGGGAAACCACUAAACAUACUCUUGAAAGGUUACCACCAAAAGGUGGCUGUGUGCAGUGUGGUCGAGAAGGACGACUAACAAAACGAGGUCGACCACACGAAAGCUACUUCGGUUGUAAAUUAUGCAAGGUACACCUUUGUAGGAAAAGGAAUUGUUUUGAAGUUUGGCACACCGUGUGUUGAAAUUUGUAUAAGUAUAUGUUAUAAAAAUGCCUUCACAUCCCUUUUCAACUUUUCCAUAAUGAUAGUCAAAAUGUAAAAGGCAUUGUUGUCGUUGACUAGUUUAAUCAUUAUUCCAUGAAACCAUUUAGUCUCAUAAUGAAAAAAACCUCAAAGAUUUACUUACACAUGAUAAUUUAUCAGAAGAAAGCCUUUAUUGUUAUAUUGUGUUAAUUUUGUCUGAAAGUUUUAGCGACAUUGCAAAAUGUGACCAGAUUAUUGGUUGUUCUUGAUUACUGCUUUUUCCAGACAUGUAAUUUAUGCUUUUAAAUGUUCGUAUUGUCUGUAUCCUUCAUAUUCAUCUGUUUUACAUAGCUAAUUUUACUUUCACUUUAGCAUAUUAUUAAUAAAUAAUUAUUCUUUCAGAACAAAAUCUCCAUAAAACUCAUCUUUUUUUGACAUAAGUAAUUUCAUGGAGUGAAAAAGUGCUACCUACAUAUGAGCAAAACAGAUACAGAAUUUUCAUUAAUCGAGAGAGUGCUGACAUUUUUCCAUUUAAUUUUUAAAAUGACGUGAGUAGAUUUCCCAAUUCAUGGAAGAAAUGUUUUAGAACAUUUCACUUGUCAAUGGAAAAGAAAAACUUGAUUUUACAGAUGAUUUCUUGCACAUCUCAGCUGCUUAAAGGUAAUACUGUUAUAUGCUUUGUAGAACUUUCCAAAAAUAUGAAAAGAAUGCUGAAUGCAUUGCAUUAAACACAAGCAUUGUUAUUAAAAAUACAUUGUUUUGUUAAUGUUAUUAUUUUAUAUACCUAAACAAGGCAUACUGUCCCUCUGAAUUAGAGUUAAAUUAAUGUGGUUGGAAUUUAUUCAUGUUUAUCAUUUUAUUCAUAAAUUUUAUAUUUUGAA